AUGGGGACAGGGUGGGCCACUGGACUCCCCUGCUGUCUCCACGAUUCAAUCGUUGGAAGGGAACUCUCUGACAGACGAAGAGGCCGACAGACGUACACGCGGCAUCAAACCCUCGAGUUGGAGAAGGAGUUCCACUUCAACCGGUACCUAACGCGUAAACGGCGGAUAGAGGUCGCGCACGCUCUCGGCCUCACAGAGAGACAGAUCAAGAUCUGGUUCCAAAAUCGGAGGAUGAAGUGGAAAAAGGAGAACAUUGUGACGAAGAGCGUCGCCCCCACAUCAGUGAGUCGAGAAGAAGAGGAGGCGGUCGAUGAGGAGGACUGAUGUGUGACCAUAUAUUUUAAGAGAUAAGAAAAAUGUAUCAGAAUUUACAGGAUAGGACCAUUUUCAACAAAGAACUCUUCUGUUACAAUUCAUGAAUCCUAGACUCCUUCGUGUUAUUACUUCAAGUGAUUUGCGGCAGAAAGGCACGAGAUGGUUGUUGAUGCAAUGAAUGAAACAGCAGCACUUGUGACUUCUGUGGAUUCGUGUUAUAUCUAUUCCAUGUGCAAUUAUGUAUGUAUAUAUUUUUAUGUUUGAAAAAGUCUUAGCCCAUAAAUCAAAAUCCAAGAGCUAUACUAGCUUUUUGUUUCUGUUAUUAUUGUUCUUAUUAUCACUUCAGAGCGAAAGUAGGCAAUCCCCUCCGCAAUAUUUUGAUUUGUCCCCUCAAUAUUUAGCGGAAGAGGUUAAUUUAUAUCCCCCCCCUCCCCAAUAUUUAAUGCUACUAAUAGAUUAAAACAGUAAGAUUGAUUUUUUUAAUGACUCAGCAGGUAUUCUGCUUAAUGGGAAAACUGUAGGAAGAAUUGUCCGCGAGCAGUACUGCAUUAUACUCCUGUUUGUUUUUGUGUUAUUUAGUAUCUGAAAGUUCUGUUUUACCUUAUAAGACGUUGUUACCAUAAAUGUAUAAAGAUAGACCGAGACAUUUCAUAUGAAACAUUCAUGUGGUAAGGUGCCCAAACAAAUUUCGUUGCAGCAGAAGGCUGAUUUUUAUUUUAAAUGAUCGCGUUUUUAAAAUAAAA